AUGGCUUGCCCUGGGCCUGUCGACUGCAGCGGUCUCACCGUCAUUGCCAAGGACUACAAGGGCUUGUUGGAUCAGCCCGCAGCCCCUAAGUUCAAGGGUGCUUUGUGCCAAAUCUUUGUUCGCAGCCAGCCUUAUGGAGGCUCCGACAAGAGCAACAACGGCCACAGGUAUGACACGAUCCCCAUGGCCAACGGCAUGAUUAAUGCGGGCAUGAGCUGUCAGCUCAUCCAUUAUGUCCAUGAGGAGCAUGACAAGUUCUUCGAGGUUUGUAAAAACUUUGACUUCAUAAUCGUUCGAUGCAACCCCGGCCAGAUCAAGGCUGAUGGCGGUGACCAGAACAAGUUCGAUGAUGGCAUGCGGGGUAUCCGCAAGCUGGGUAUCCAGGUCUGGCCAUCUCCCGAUGUCAUGGAGAAGAUGGGAGCAAAGGAUGCUCUUUGCAAGGUGGCAACCAUGAACAUUGGCCUGGAAGACACUCUUGCCUACUAUUCUCCUGAGGAGUUUGCGACAGGGUUCAAGAAGACCAUGGCAUUCCAGCCUCGAGUGAUCAAGCAGAACCGUGGCUCAUCAGGUGAAGGAAUCUGGAUUAUCAAGCUCAAGGAGGGCAACUACUGCGCUUCUUAUGGCGAGAGAUCCUGCGAGGAUGGUGAGAAGCUUUUGCUGAUGGAGGCCAAUGACAACCACGAGGAAGAACACACCGUGGCUGAGUUUAUUGAAUUCUGCGUGAACGGCCGAACUUCCAAGUCCGGUGAAUGGACAUCCAAGGGUGUUGGCAAGUACUUGGAGGGUGGCAAGGAGGCCGGCGGCCAGCUUGUGGAUCAGCGUUUCUGCCCUCGUAUUGUGGAAGGUGAGCUCCGAUACAACCUGGUGGGAGAUGCUUUGGUUGGCAUCAUUCACAAGAAGCCCAAGGAGGGAGGAAUCUCCGCAGUUGGUGGAACUGGUUCCGUCUACACCUAUUAUGGCCCAGAGGAACCACUCUUUGCCGCUCUCACCAACAACUUCUUGAAGAAGGACUUGCAGCACGUCAUGCCAUCUCUUGAGUUGGCAGAUGAGCCUUUGCCGCUGUGGUGGACCACUGACUUCAUCAAUUCUUCUCCACCUGGAACUAAACCUGAGGAUGAGAAGUGGAUCGUUGGUGAGUUCAACUGCUCCUGCGUUGGGAUUAGCCGCUGCCUGGCUGCCUACUGCAAGGACGACACCCCCACUGCCGGCUGGGAUGACAUCACUGAGGAAGACAAGGCAGAAGCCAAGAGAUAUGGAGAUCUUAUGGGGGAGAAGGCCCUGGGCAUUCUGUCCAAGAAGUGA